CUCUCUCUCUCUCUCCCUCCCGGCAGUGCAUCCCCCAUCCCCCACACGGUGGCCGUCUCUUUGGGUGAAAGCUGUCUUUCCCUGCGCCACUGGCCCGACCGACGAAACGUUGCCGUAGCAGAGUCAGUCCGCACCGACCUGAAGCAGACACACGGGACAAAAACACGUACGCACCAAGUGGAAUCUUUUUGUUGUUGUUCAACUGAGUGACUUUGAUUUGCAUAUCCACUUCCACUCCUUCCUCAUUUGCAUACAGCAAGAAUGGCGAGCGGGCAUCCCACAGACAAAUUCAGUUUCAUGUAUCAACCAGACACGCACAAGAGCAAGAACAGGUUAUCUUCAGCUAUGAAUCCAGUCUACAGCCCUGUUCAGCCUGGCACCCCCUAUGGAAACCCCAAGAACAUGGCCUUUGCAGGCUAUCCAGGAGGGUAUCCUGCCACGGCUCCCACCUACACACCCAACCUCUAUCAAACAGGCAGUCCUGGGUAUCCACCAGCUUGGUUUUGUCUUUUGGAAGAGUCAAACAAAAUAUCAGGAUAUACCUCAGCAGGCACCCCAUACAAAGUGCCCCCCACCCAGUCCAAUGGAGCGCCCCCUCCUUACACCCCAACCCCCACCCCAUACCCAACAGCCAUGUACCCCAUCCGCAGUGCCUACCCUCAGCAGAACCUAUACGCACAGGGAGCGUACUACACCCAGCCCGUGUAUGCGGCUCAGCCACAUGUGAUCCAUCACACCACGGUGGUGCAGCCUAACAGCAUCCCCUCCACAGCCCUCUACCCAGCCCCUGUCCCCGUACAAGCUCCCCGCAACAAUGGCAUGGCUGCUAUGGGGAUGGUAGCUGGGACAACCAUGGCCAUGAGUGCAGGGACCCUGCUGACAACGCCCCAGCACCCCCAAAUUGGAGGUCACCCAGUUACUGUGCCAACCUACAGGCCCCAAGGGACACCUGGGUACAGCUACGUACCGCCUCACUGGUAGAGCCCACCCAUCAUAUCUGGAGUCCACCAUCGUAUGCAACUGCUCAAAUCUUACACGGGCUCCCACUGGUAACCACGGGAACUCGGCACCUGUCUGCAAGAACAAACUAAAGUGCAACAGCCACUUUACUAUUAUUGUUAUUAUUAUUAUUAUGCGACUUUCUCUACCUUUCUUUUUUUAAAUAGCUGCUUUUUAUUUUUUACUCUAUUCAUUUGCCAACCAGUCAUUACCUUAUUUUGUAAUUUUUUUUUUAUUUUUUUUUUACACAUUUUAUUUCCUCACUUUACUUUGCUCCGUCUAUCAUUGGAACUCCAGAAGGACUCUUGACCAAUCACAGGUGUCAGUUGCCUCCUGUUUCUGUGUUGUGCUGGUGUGUGUGGUCCUUCCUGCUGCUGCUCAGUUGGCUGGAAAAUAUUCAGGCACUUAUUCCCUUGUUAUCAUCUCCAUCGGUCUCUACAAAGACUUAUUGACUUAUGCUGCCAAAUUUUCUUACAACUAGUUAUCAGCACAGGGUUUUAACAUCAUUAGGAGUUACUUCAUUUCUUUUUGAUAAUCUGUCUUCUUACCACACCUUUAAUUUUCAUACCUUUUUGUUCCUCUUUUUUUCUUUGAACUACUUUGUUUUAAUUUCCAGUUUAAUCUCGGCCGUCUUCCAGCGAGUAGCUGUCCGUCAGGCAGCAGUCAGUCAAUCAUGCCUGUUUCGUCUCCAUACGAGUGCUACAUUGCUCUGAGCGGGGCACACUUACCGACCGUUACCCAUCCUACUGUGUCCCAGUGUUUCCACAUUAGCAUCGUAGCUACGACACACCUAAGAAAACACCACGUACUUCAUGCUACAUACUACGCAGGCUAGUAUGUUGUGACACUAUCAAAAUCUUAAUCUUAGAGUAGGUGAAAAGGUGAAGACAAAUAUGUGCAAGUAUUUAUAAUAACUAGGUGGUCGUGUACACCACCUCACAUGCACACACACAACCACACGCACACACACACACACACAGGCUUCUGUGGUGUGGUGGGAAACAUUGUUUAGUGGCACUUACUGAACCAAAAUUCCAGUUAUGUUGUUACUGAUCAACACACACACACACACACACAUGGAUUUGUAAGGGUUUGCAUGGCAGACAGUGAAGAAGGACUUUAAAGGGAUUGUUUGAGCGCUACGAGAGCAGAGCAGAGCAGGAGGAGACAGGGAGAGCAGACCGUGAGGGAGGAGGAGUUAAUAUAGUCACAGUCAGUCAUUUUUUUCAAGGUACAAAACAUUUAAGUUUGUGACAGCUCACCUGCAAGAGACUGCACGGACGCACUGCUUUUUUUUGUUGCACUAUUUGUAUUGUACAUUGAUUUCUCACUAAUGUGAUUAUAUCAUCUCCUCCUCCUCCUUGUCUUUAAUAUAACCAAGCACUCCAACAGAUCAAAACCCAGACUCUUGAGUAAACAUUUGAUGAUGGACCGGUCAAUAAAUGUGCUGAUAGAUGAAUAGGAUUCAAUCCGCUUGUCCAUUCCACUACGCUGUGAGUGCUGAGAAGAGCAAGCCAUUGAUGUGGCUGCCUUGUUGUGCAGCACAGUUGAGUGAAACAGAGUCCAGUCAGAGGCUGGGGUGUUUUUACAGCAGGUCCAUGUCAUGUUAAAGUCAAAAUGUUACUUCUUGGGUAUUCCCAUGUGAAUUGAAAAGCUGAAACGCGAGCGCUCUAAUUAUAAAUCUGUGAAAGUAUUCCGAAAUAUUUUCAAAAGUAAUGAGCCAAGACGACAGUGUCACUCUGUCUCUUCAUUUUAAACUGGUUCAGUUCAGGGCAGAGGACAAGUUAAAGCUUGACCUCUAGUAACUAAAAGGAGAACGAUCCACUGCUUUAUUCUUCAAACAUCACAGAAUUACACAUAUCUGCUUUUACUGACUGCAUUUAAAAAAUAAAAAAAAUAGACAUCCAGCAUAAUCCUCCAUCAAAUGACAACUGUCUUAAGAGGAGGAGAAUAUUCAAGCCAAUGAGACAUGGACCAUAUGAAGCCAUUUUCUGUUGCCUUUUUAUGCUUAUACAUAUUGGAAAAAAAAAAAAAAGGCAUUUAUGAACAUGCAAAUGGCUUUCACAGCCACAGUGUGAAGAUCUUCAUACGCUGAGUAGUGGUGGUGGGGUUUAAUAAUUAGGUGAGACCUGUGGUAUUUUUUCAGGAGUUACACACAAAAAAAAAAAGACUUCAAGAAUCUGUAGAGGACAGAUCAGUAUAACAAAAAGCAUUUACCGCGCAGGUAUGUAGAUGGCGUGGUUUGAUAUUGCAAUAAAAUAAUAAGAGGGAAUGCCUCCCACUGUUAACAUACAGUAAUUAUUUUAUCAGCGUUUUGACUUGAUUUAAAAAAAAAUGUAUUGUUGUAAUCUCUAAGUAUGGAUUACAGGCUCUGUAUGCAGCCUCCACUCAAUAAUUAUUACACUUACUGCUAAGAAGACUAGAACAUAUCAAGAAUUUGGGUAUUGAAUAACCUUGUGAGGAAAUAUUGCACAACAUAAGACAGAAAAAAUAAAAAAACUUGGUGACUAUAAUUUAAUGCUAAGUAACAGGUACCUAGGCUUUGUAGUGCUGGUGGGAGGAAGAAGCAAUUUAUAUUGUAAUUAAGAAUAAAACAAUAAGGUCGAGUGUUUGAGGUAUUCUUAGUCCAGAUGUUUGUACACAAGUAGGUCAAUUUUCAAGAAAAUAUGACAUCAAGCUGCUGUCGCAUGAAAGCCACCACCCUUUGAGCUUAUUUUUUAAACCAAUCCCUGUAUUUUAGAAGAUGGAAGGAUCUUGUACAUUCAGAUUUAAAAAGCUGAAAGACGGAAAAAUACAGAAGCCGUUUUCUUGCGACAGCAGCGAUGUCACUUGUCAUUAGGAUUUAUUUAACCAACCACUACUUCUUUCAGUAUUGUUUCCCCCCUGUCCUUCCCUCUGGUCAAAUAAGCAUAAUGGGUAUGCAUAAUAUUCAGGUGUAUUACACUAUAGCAUUGGAUCUCUAAGUAAAAAAAAAAAAUGAAAAAAAAAAAAGAUGCAGUAUAUUUAUACAGCAAGUGGUACAGUAAUGUAUUUCUAGCUAAGCAUGGUUGCAUCAGUGUGGCAGCUACUGUUUGUGCUUUUAAUAUUUUCUUUGACCUUCUUCUCUGCGCCUCUGUCCUCUGUGUUUGUGUCACUGAUGGAGAAUUUAUGACCCAAGUCUUGGAAAUAAGUACAAGAUUUUGUUAAAAUUCUCUUCACCAAAUUCCCACUUUUUUAUCAAUGUUGCCUGAGUUUAAAGAUAUUGAGGAAACAGAGGAUUAAUGACAGAACUGAAAUGGAUAGCUUUUUCUUUCUUUUCCUUUUUGUUUGUUGUUCGACUGAAAAAAAGGUUCCCAUGCUAUAUCGGGAAACAUCUUUGCGGUCCAUUCCUUUUCUGUAGGUGUUACUGAAAGAUGUCCUGAGAACCCUCCCUACCACGUCCUUUUAUUCUGUGCCAUAUUUCACCAACAGCAGUUUGCGAAAUCUGAGUUUUAUUCUCCUAAGUAACUGGUGAUUUCUGAGUCCUUGUUACGUCUAGCUUCCUGUGAUUCUGUGUUUUCCUAUUGCUGUCCUAUUUCUCACUUUGUUGUUGAUGCAUAUUUCCUGUCUCAGUUUGUAUCUUUCUUACUCUAUCCUCUGUGUUUCUCCUAUUUUCAAACUUCCCCUCAGAGGCCAUUUUGCAUCCCCCAUUUCCAAUCCAAACAUUAUAAUUUGAACCCUUGCAAUGAUGCAGGACAAUGCAUAUCCAUGUUAAUCCUUUUCUGUGCUUCCAUACUUUCAUAUACUUUGGCCUUUAGUUGCUUUCAUUCCAACCUUUGCAACCCGCCUCACCACCCUGAGAACUAAGCGAGUUGGUGUCAGUAAUGGAUAAAACGUUAAGUUUUUUCCAUUAAUGAAAACUCUAUGAAGCCUUUUGAACACUAGAUGUCGCCAGUGAGCUUCACUGAUGUUUUAAUGUGAGCGUAAUGAUAAAUUCAUAGUUAAGCGAGGUCUUUUUCCAUUUGAGAAUCAUAAUAGGGUGUCAGAUUUUGACACUGACAUAUUUUAGAUUGGUGGUCUUUUCAAAUUGAAUGUCUGAUUUCAGGACAUUUUAGACGACAACAAAAA